AUGACAAAAUUAUCCACUAUAGGGAAACUCACAUUAAUUUCUGUAAUAUUAUAUGCAAUAAUAUUGACGAUAUUAGAAAUACUGGUGAUUUAUUUUCAUCAUAAUUUCGUGAACCAAUUUGUUCUUGACUCUCAAGGAAAAGGUAUAUCCGAAGCUGAUUUAAUUUAUCACUCGAUAUUUAUCUUAUCACUUGUCUUUCAAGUACUAUUAUGUAUCGAUGCUUUACGGAGAAGAAACACAAUUCAAUUAAUAGCUUUGGUUAUAUUUAACCUUACCUCAUUAGCUUAUGCCGGAGUACAACUUUAUCAACACAUUAUAUUAGAAGACGAAGGAACCGAUAAUGCACUUUUUGCGCCAAUGGAUAUUAAUAAAUAUCCAACACGUAUCGACGCCAAAAAAUAUUUUCAAACCAGGAUGAGACCAUUAGAAUUCUUAAUAAUUGUCAUAGUUGCACUUUUUUCAUUAUACUUAGCAGGCUUAGUAUUUAAAUUGUCGAAACAGUUUGGAUGGGAAAAUUAUCGAACAUAUUCAGCAGAUGUAGAAGUUCGUAACGCAUUCGUAUCAUUGUCGAUAUUACAAACAUUAAUUAAGCUGGACGUAUUUUUCAUUGGUGCAUAUGCUAUACAACUUAUACCUUCACGAAGUAUUGGAUAUAGUGAAAAACUUAUUGAAACCGUAUUGAUUUUCGUAAUCGGGGCAAUAAUGUUAUUAAUGGCAUGGUAUUCUGUCACAAAAGAAAGCAAAUAUAUUUUACUCUCUGUUGUAAAUCUAUUAAUACUUUCAUUAGUUUAUAUGGGCUAUCGUAUAAUCAUUAUUAAUUUACCAAUUAAGAAUGAAAGAGAUCCUUAUUUAUUUACUAGACGUCUUUUAACUUUUUUUUUGGCUACCACUAUUUGUUUAGUAAUUGGUACGGUUUAUUAUGCUUCGGUGAGUUUUAGAAAUAUGAUGCGAGGUGUUUAUGUAUUUAGUGUUUAUGGCUUACCUGGUCGUGAAGAACAACAUGUUUCAGAAAUUAAUCCAGGCAAUGAUUUUAAUACUGAAUAUCUUGGUUAUGAUGCAUAUAGUGGGUAUAGUGGAUAUAGAGUUGAUGAUUCUAUUGAUGAAUCAAAAAGAAAAUCAAAAAGAGCAAGUAAAAUAGCUGAAGUUGCUCAAAAUAAUCGUAUCUCUAGAAGAUUAAGCAUUGACUGA